GCGCACAGACUCAGAAAAACACUUCCGGUAGGGAAAAUAUUCUCUGCGCAUGUGCGUGUCCCUGCUGCGCCACAGCCUAAUGUGGAGGAGAACCGAAAAAGUUGUUUAUGCGUUUUGAGUGUUCCCUGUUACGUUUGUUUGAAAAAUACAAUUCGUGGGGGUUAGAAGUUUACAGGCAACAUGUCCAUCUUCACCCCAACCAACCAGAUCCGCCUCACCAAUGUGGCGGUGGUGCGAAUGAAGAAAGGAGGGAAGAGAUAUGAGAUUGCCUGCUACAAAAACAAAGUCAUGAGCUGGAGAAGUGGAACCGAAAAAGAUCUAGAUGAAGUCUUGCAAACCCACUCUGUUUUUAUGAAUGUAUCUAAAGGCCAAGUAGCUAAAAAAGAAGAUCUUCUCAAAGCAUUUGGCACUGAAGACCAGACUGAAAUCUGCAAGCAGAUUUUAUCUAAAGGAGAACUGCAGGUGUCAGAAAAAGAGCGGAGCACACAGUUAGAACAGAUGUUUCGAGAUAUUGCAACAAUUGUGGCCGAAAAGUGUGUAAAUCCAGAGACAAAGAGACCUUACACUGUUAACCUAAUUGAACGAGCCAUGAAAGAUAUCCAUUACUCCGUGAAAGCAGCCAAGAGCACUAAGCAACAGGCAUUAGAUGUUAUCAAGCAGCUGAAAGAGACCAUGCAGAUUGAACGUGCCCACAUGAGACUGCGCUUCAUUUUACCAGCUAAGGAGGGAAAGAAAUUGAAAGAGAAACUGAAGCCUCUAAUAAAGCACACAGAAACUGAAAACUUUGAUCAAGAGCUGGAAAUUGUUUGCUUAAUUGAUCCUGGCUGCUUCAGAGAAAUUGAUGAGUUAAUACGCUGUGAGACCAAAGGAAAGGGCACUCUUGAAGUCCUCAGUCUGAAAGAUGUAGAAGAAGGCGAUGAGAAGUUCGAAUGAAGACCAACGCUUUUGCAUUCUCGAAAAAUUAUUUGUUACAACUAAAGUCUAAAAUGAAUAUGGCUAGAAAUGUAAUAUUUUAUACUUUGAACAUCCUGUACCAGCCCAGAGGAUCAGCAUUCUAUGACAGUAAUUACCCAUGCCUUCAAAUUUGUCCAGAGGAGCUUACCAUCUUGUAAGACCAUCAUUUGAGUGUCCAUAACACUGAUAGAGAUCUAAUGGGGGCCUCUUCAGAGUCACAGUAAGGGCAAGUACAGAAGCACAAAAGAUAAGAUGUAGAAUUUGUAGCCUAAUUUAUUGCUGAGCUUUAGCUUUCCUUUAAAAGACUACUUUUAACUCACUUAUACUUGUCAGACAUUGUGUUCAGAAUAGCUCGUUUAACAAAAUAAGUCUUGAAUUCCACUCCUUAGAGUGGUGUUCCAGUCAUACGUUUGUUAAAUCUGGAUUCACCAAGAUUUUGUUUAUUGGUUUCUGCAUUUCAAAGCAGAAAGACCCAAAAAUAGAAAUAUGAUCUUUUUUUAUAAUUUUUUUUUUCCUUUCAUAUGGUCUGUUUACAUGCACAAGGAUGGGGAAUGGAGAAUCUCUGCUUUAUAAGUUAAGCAACACACAAAGCACAUGAGAUUAAUACCUUUAUGCAAACUAUUUUAAUUGGUACUGAAAAUACUGACCAACCUUACCAGUUUUCUAGAAUGACUGCUCAUUUUUGGGUUCAUUGUCACAUCUCUUGGUAACCUAAGAUUUAUGGUUUUACUGAGCCCAGUUCCAAUCCCACUAUGGGCCCGAGGAACUUUUUUUUGAAAUUUUACUCCCACUUAACGUAUACUUAUCUAUUACAAAUAUUCGUAAUCCUGUGACAGUCAUCCCCAUUCUCUUUAGCAUCCUCUCUUCAUUUUCCAGGAGGCAUGUAUGACAUAUACAGUAUUUGGUGCUGCUGCUCUGAACACAUUUCAGAUUAAGUACCAUAACUCUGAGCUCUUAAACAGAUUUUGCUUUCUAUUUUAAAGUAUUAUAUUUUGUGGAUAUUAAGGCAAUGUAAUAUGUUAUUUGUGCACUUAACACACUUGCUAAGUUACAGGUGUUAUUAAUGUUAGACUAUAGUUGCCCUGUUACAAAGCCUUUAUAAGGGGCCAUAAUACAGAAAACAAACUAUGUUUAUAUGUUCUAAAGCUUCACACAUGUCCACAUAACAGCAUCAUAAGUAUGUUCAUUAAAUGUCACUAAAUGUCACAUGUUUAUGAAGGAAAAAGCACCAUAAAUAGCAAAGAUGAUGGAUAUAGUGUUAAACAAAAAGACGAGAAAUGUGGAAGUUGUAAUCAAAGAUUAAAGCGAUGGGUCUUCUUUUUAGAAGAAUGACUUUUGAAUCCUGCCCAUGAUCAGUGCUUCAUGGAACAUUCUGCUGUAGAAGAGACAUCACAUCGCUAACUGCAAUGUCAUGUCUAUAAAUACUUAAGGGAUAAUAUACACCUUAUUAGAUAAACAAUAUCAGUAUAUGCAUGCACAAAAUUCCACAGGCCGAAUAAUUGACGACUUCUAUUUUGGAAAAAGAAGUGUGGUAUCUUUUAUAGUACUUUAUAAAGGGUUUCAUAGAUGUGCUGUUUGAAGAUAAAAGGAGGACAAACUUUACUGGGGGCUGUCCUUGUCUGCCAGCUGUGCUCCAGCCAAUUAAAGUAAUACUUACAGGCUCAUAGUAGGAACAAAUAUUACUAGGAAGCUGGGCACACAAACUUCUUGUUAAAGAAAAGUUGCCCCAUGCCACCCCCCAGCCCAGGGGUAAAUAUUGCAGCCUACAAAUUUGAAAUGGCUUUAUGGGCCAACAAGGGCCCUUGACCUCCGUUGCAUCAGUCGAUGGGUUGAAGGCGGUGUGAUCAUCAUUGGCUGGGCUUCUGUGUUCAAUUUCAAUCAAACCUUUGGAGGUAUCCCUCCACUCUGUGUGAUGAAAGGAAGCAUUCAAGCAACACUUUCUAGUUCAGGUACUGCUGGGUUGGGAGUGACUUGAAGGCACUUUUCUAUAGAAAGAAGUGUGUAUACCCAAUUCCCUGUUACUACUGAUACUUCCCUUACAAUUUUCAAAGUGAGUAUUGUGAACAUGAUGUUACAGGGCAUUUUGUGCACAUGAGUAACAGGAAGGUAGUCCAAGCACCAGUGAAUAGCAGAGAGGAUGGCCCCAGUUUCUAUAGGAGCUGUCUGUGGAGAAUAUAAAUGUCAGGUAGAUGCAGAAGGGUUAUCGUCUGGCUAAAGAUAUUAAGCCCCCAUUCCUGGGCAGAUAUAAGCUGCCGACAUUAAGUCGCCAGUUUAUUGUCCAGUGUAUAGGGCCCUCCGACGGGUUUCUCCAUUUGAUAUCUGGCCAAAAGUUUUCUCCUUGUUGUGAUCCAAUCGUAGGCCUACGAUAAGAUCGGCGCAGUAUCGCCCAUCUGAAGGUGAGCAUUACGUGGAAACAUGCGCUCAUUUGCCAACCUCGCCAAACAAACGGAUUUCCAUAUGUAUGGCCAGCUUUAGUUUAUAUAUAAUUCUUAGGAAUGUCAUUCAUUUUGAUUUUGAAAACUAUAGAAAUUGUCUAUUAUAAUCCUAGAAAACUUUUAUUUCUCUUAUAGUUAAAGAUGAGAAACUACCUUUUGUUGCUAUGCUCACCGGAGCCUUAGAUGAUUUGUUUAUAUCCAUUUAUACUCCUAAAUACUUUUCCAUGCAUUCGUGCAAACUCACGAACCCUAAUGAUUCCCUCUUACUUCUGAUUACACCUUGAAAAAUGCUUACUGGUCAAGCAUGGCGAAGACAUAAUUUAUAAAGGUGAUUUCUCAUUAUUACAUGUGUGUGAUGCUUACUGUAGUCCGAUAUAUAGUCGGAAACAAACCAAUGUACUGGCUGCAAAAUGCAUAUUGUGAUUAUAACCUUCUUUGCUCUAAGUUAUAUCCUACAUUUUACAAUGCUCCGAUCUACUUCCAUUGUCAAUUUCUCCUGUCAGUGAGAUUUGUCAUAAAGGGUGUAACAAUAAGUUCAUGUUAGCAAUGGGUCAAACCAAGUCAUGUGUGUGAUUUGUUUAGUUUAAAAAGUUGGAUUUUAGUGCUGUAUCUCUCUUAAGCUAUUAACUUCCUCUCCGUCAGAUGUAAGCAACAAUACUUUGUUUCUAUUUAUUUGAAUGGAAACUAGAAACCUGGGACUUACAUUGUAACUUCUUUGCCUGAGACACAUUCUAUGUCAUUGACAGCUACCCCGAUAUUCUAGAUGGAACACACUUAAAAUACUUUGACUACACUUGUACACACAGUGUUUAAUACAAGUGGACUAAUAUUCAGCUGCAAAAAUAGUUUCAAGUGCAAUUUUCAAGCUGUGUGCUCUUCCUCGAGCAUGCACAGAAUAUAUCCAUGCAUGCACAUUUUGCAAAACAUAAGUAAAAGAAAGCUAAUUUCAUAUCCUUUAAGCACUGCCUGAUAAAAAUAGCCAUACAGUAUCACUUAAAGCAGCCUCAUAGAAAAUGACACAUCCAUAUAACUCAAAUAUUUUGCUUGUUAAAAGACUUUAUAUUUAAAUAAAUAUAAUACUUUGCAAAUA